UGCUCACGGGGAGCGGGGCCCACGGGCGGGAAGAUGGCGGUGGAGUCUCGCGUUACUCAGGAGGAGAUUAAGAAAGAACCCGAGAAGCCCAUCGAUCGGGAGAAGACUUGCCCCCUCUUAUUGAGGGUCUUCACCACCAACAAUGGGCGCCACCACCGCAUGGAUGAGUUUGCCCGAGGAAAUGUACCCUCCAGCGAGCUUCAGAUCUACACCUGGAUGGAUGCAACUCUAAAAGAACUGACCAGUUUAGUGAAAGAAGUCUAUCCAGAAGCACGGAAGAAAGGCACACAUUUCAACUUUGCAAUAGUUUUCACGGAUCCUAAAAGGCCGGGCUACAGGGUGAAGGAGAUCGGCAGUACAAUGUCAGGCAGAAAGGGCACAGAUGAUUCCAUGACCCUGCAGUCUCAGAAAUUCCAGAUAGGCGACUACUUGGACAUAGCAAUUACACCUCCAAAUAGAGCACCACCUCCAUCAGGUCGCAUGAGACCUUACUAAUAUUUUGGUUUCUUCCAAUGACCGCUCCUUUUGCAUGAUUAUAGGUUGAUUUGGGGAAGAAUUUUUUUUUUAAUGCAGAGCAAGAAUGCUAGACAACUCAUUAAACCUUGAAAGU